AUGUCGACCUCUGCGAGGAAGAGGUUGAUGAGGGAUUUCAAGCGGUUGAUGCAGGACCCUCCGGCCGGCAUAAGUGGCGCCCCGCAGGAUAACAACAUAAUGUUGUGGAAUGCUGUCAUAUUUGGACCUGAUGAUACCCCGUGGGAUGGUGGUACGUUCAAGCUGACUCUCCAGUUUAAUGAAGAAUAUCCAAACAAGCCACCAACCGUGCGCUUUGUUUCUAGGAUGUUUCAUCCAAACAUUUAUGCUGAUGGAAGCAUAUGCUUAGAUAUCCUGCAGAAUCAGUGGAGUCCGAUAUAUGAUGUAGCUGCAAUACUCACGUCGAUCCAGGUACAACCAUACAAGUAA